AUGUUUCAUGGCUUGCGUACAAACCCGUCUUGCAAAGGGAAAUUUAUGGCCAUCAAAACAGACAUGAGUAAGGCAUACGAUAGGGUUGAGUGGGAUUUUGUGGCAGCUCUGUUACAGAAGAUGGGGUUUGCAGAGUCAUGGGUUUCAUGGAUAAUGUUUUGUGUCACUUCAGUCGAGUAUAGGGUUCGUAUUAAUGGCCAGCCGAAUGGUUUGAUAGUGCCACAGAGGGGGUUGCGACAAGGUGAUCCUUUAUCUCCUUAUUUGUUUAUUUUAUGCACAGAGGUGUUAAUUGCUAAUAUACGGAAAGCAGAGAGGGAGAAGCUUAUUACAGGGAUAAAAGUGGCGAACAAAUGUCCGCCAAUUACGCAUUUGUUGUUUGCCGAUGAUAGUCUUUUCUUCUGUAAGGCGGACAAAGGACAAUGUCGGGUUAUCUUAGAUAUUCUAAAACAAUAUGAGUCUGUUUUGGGUCAGCAAAUAAAUUUUACAAAAUCCUCGGUACAAUUUGGGCACAAGAUUGAUGAGCAGACAAAAACCGAGCUCCAGGAUGUUCUCGGGAUCACAACUUUGGGUGGUAUGGGGUCCUAUCUAGGUUUACCCGAAAGUUUGGGUGGGGCUAAGACCAAGGUUUUCUCUUUUGUUCGAGAGCGGAUUCAAAGUCGGACGAAUGGUUGGACGGCAAAUUUGCUUUCAAAAGGGGGAAGGGAAGUGAUGAUUAAAUCUGUUGCAACUGCUGUUCCAACGUUUGUGAUGUCUUGUUUUCGGUUACCAAAAACAAUUACAUCCAAGCUUACCAGUGCAGUGGCAAAUUUUUGGUGGAGUACAAAUGGUCAGACAGGGGGCAUGCAUUGGCUUGCCUGGGAGAAAUUAUGUGUUAGCAAACAGUUGGGUGGUCUUGGUUUUAGGAAUGUGGAUGACUUUAAUUCGGCAUUACUGGCCAAGCAACUUUGGCGUCUGAUAGACGUUCCAGAGUCUUUGUUUGCCAGGGUUUUCAAAAGUAGGUAUUAUAGGAACACGCAUCCGUUGGAUCCAAUUAGGUCAUACUCUCCCUCCUAUGGAUGGAGGAGUAUAUGUUCUGCUCGCUCUCUGGUUAAUAAAGGGCUUAUUAAACGGGUUGGUUCUGGGGACACCAUUUCUAUAUGGUCAGAUCCUUGGGUACCAGCUCAAUUCCCGAGACCAGCUUCCAGCAAGGGGCCGUUAAAGGACCCUUCUCUUCAAAUGAAUCAAUUAAUUGAUCGACAAAAUAAUUCUUGGCGUCUGGAUAUGCUCAAUGAGCAUUUUGAUCCACUUGAUGUUGUAUUAAUCAGGGCUAUUCCGUUGGGUGGUAACAAAAGGGAUGAUCCCUUUGGUUGGCAUUUCACGAAAACUGGGAAGUAUACAGUCAAAUCAGACUAUCAUACUGCACGUCAUGACGUGGUUCGGACUUUUGCGGCCACUGGUUAUGGCCCGGAAAUUACCCCCCUACUCGCUAGUGUGUGGAGGGCUCGUUGCCCACCUAAGAUCCAGCAUUUUAUGUGGCAGGUCUUAUCUGGUUGUAUUUCGGUUUCGGCAAAUUUGGGACGACGGGGUAUUGCUUGUGAUGUACGGUGCGUACGAUGCGGCGCGGAUUCGGAGACAAUAAAUCAUGCCAUCUUUGUGUGUCCUCCGGCCCGUCAGGUUUGGGCGCUAGCAAAUGUGCCGGUGGGACCUAAUUCCUUCCCGACGGAAUCAGUAUAUGCAAAUGUUGAUCACUUUUUAGGGCAGCAGAAUCCGGGAGCCCAUAUUGCGGCUUUCCCUUGGCUUAUGUGGUUUAUUUGGAAAGCAAGGAAUGCACGUGUCUUUGACAAUAUUGCCGAAAGGCCAGAGGAAAUUGUUAGGGUAGCAGAGGGUAAAGCUGUAGCAUGGCAGCAGGCUCAGAUAGAGGAUGAUCUAGUGACCAGUCCCACCUUUCCAGUAGUUUCGGAGUUGCCAGUUAGGGUGCCUACGGUUUCCCUUCCUUCGGUCUUUUCAGGAUAUCGAUGCUUCAUAGCUGGAUCUUGGAAAGCAGGGGAUUUGUAUGCAGGUGCUGGUUGGUGUUGUACCUCGAUCCAGACAACGUUGCCGUUUUUGGGUGCCAAGAAUUUCAGGCGAAGUCUAUCUCCAUUACAUACUGAAGUUGAAGCGUUCCUUUGGGCGAUGCGCUGCAUGAUCGGCCAUGACUUCAGAGAGGUGGCUUUUUAUACUGACUGUUCAGACUUGGUGAAGAUGGUGUCUUCUCCUUCCGACUGGCAAGCGUUCUUGGCGUACCUUGACGACAUCAAGACUGAUAGGGAGGAAUUCUCUUCCUUUUCUUUAUCUUUAAUUCCUAGAAAUGCUAAUUUAAGGGCGGAUUUUUUGGCACGCCAAGUGUGUACAUCUCCACACCAAGUAUUGUUUGUAAACGAUUUUCUUACCAAUUAG